GCCUUAACGUUGUCCCCUGAUGAAAGGAAAGAGAGAGCCAAAUAUGGUAGAUAAUAAUUGUUACCAAGUACAAAGUCGCGUCGGUCUUCCUUUUAAAUCCUCAUCUAUUUUCUCCCAAAUUUCUGAAAAAUCAUCACCCUUUUAAAACUCUGAGAUCAAUCAUCGAUCGCUUUCUAAUGGAAGCAAACCCGACGCCAGCGCAGGCGGAGGCGGCGGCCGGAUCCGCCGGAAACUGGAGAUCUGACCUAACGCCGGAGGGGAGGGAUCGCGUAGCCAACAAGAUACUGGAGACCUUGAAGAGACAUUUGCCGGUCAAUGUUCCUGAGGGAUUAAGCGAAUUGAGGAAAAUUGCUGUCCGAUUUGAGGGGAAAAUUUAUAAUCUUGCUACUAGUCAGGUUUCAAAGAAAGAGAAACUUCCUAUUACUACUGUGAGCAAACAUAAGCUGAAUAACAUACUCCUUUCGGACUAUCUGCGGAAAAUUUCUCUGAAAAUGCUUUCUAUGGAGGCUAAGGUUCAGCAACCGAGUCUAAUUACUUCAGGAACACCAAAUGACAGUGCUGUGAAUCAAAACCUUGCAAAUUCAGGGAUUCGGUAUGAGACAGUGACUUUGUCCUAUCCUAAGCCACCUACCCAGUGGCUACAUACUCCAGCAAACAGAUCUGUUGAUUGUGAUAGGAAUUCGAUUUUGGAAGAUGAGCCCAGUGCCAAGCGAAGGAAACUCAAUGAGCCGGAAAAGAUCUCAACAGAGGAGCUCAGUUGCAGCAGUGAGAAACCAAAGGAGCCUACUUUCAGCUGCCCUAUUUGUUUGUGUGAAAUUGUUUCUCCUUUCACCACACUCUGUGGUCAUAUUUUCUGUGAAGUUUGCAUCAAGACUGCCAUCAAGAAGCAGAAGAAAUUAUGCCCAACUUGCCGAACAAAACUUACUGGGAAAAACAGCAUUCACCGAGUUUUCCUUCCAUCGCUAGACUGAGGCAACAUUAAAUCAAUUAUUGAAUUAUGGAAGCUGAUGUUUUGCUGCCUAGAUCUUUCGAGCUGAAACCGGUUCUCAUUUGAAGUGCAUACGCAGUAAGUAUUAGCAAUAUGUUCUGUUGUAUUCCAAAUAUAGAAAACUAAAGUACUUUUUUUUAAUGGGAGAAACUAAAGAACUUGGGAAACCCAUAUGAUCAAGUUUCGAAUAAUGUAUAUGCAGAAGCUUACCGCAGAAACUGAUUGCGUUCUUAUUUGCAAUGGGUUAUCUGCCUUGUUUUAUACAACAGCAAAGGGUUAUAAAUUCUAAAGAGUCAGUAAGUUCGCAUUCAAA